CGAAAGGAAAGUGAUUAGUGAACAGUGAAGUAAGUUGUUAUAAUUUUAUGAUCAUCUAUGAACUAAGAUCAAUAACAUAUGGUCUUUGUUGUUUUUAAUCUCAAUGGAUUCUAAUAAUCAGUAUGUAACAAUGCCAUCAAACAAGGAGAAUAGUGGGCGAGGAAGAAAGCGAUCACAGCUGACUCAGUACGAGGGGGAGAAAGAUGAGGACUACAGGCUGCGAAGGGAACGAAAUAACGAGGCUGUUCGUAAAAGUCGUGACAAGUCAAAGAAGAAAACUGAACAGACACUGAAGCGAGUUGAUGAUUUGAAGAUGGAAAACUGCAUACUUGAGGCACAAAUACGAGCAUACCGGGAUCAACUCACCAGUUUAAAAGCAAUUUUCCUUGAACAUGCAGCAAGUGGGAAGGUGAGCUCAGACAUCGACAUUGACACAAUCCUGAGAGAUACGGACAUUGACGAAGAGUCCUCCGUCAUGACUACCCUCAAAUGAAUCGCCAAAAAAACUCUUGGAUGCAUAUAUAUUUUUUAAAUUAUAUUUAUAAUUAUUGUUUUAAAAACACAAUAACAAUAGCAUAUACCUUCAGCAAAGGUAUACUUUAAAAGAAUACCAAUUGUGCUAGCUCAGAAAGUAAAAAGUUUUGCAAUAGUAAGAGUUUCGCAUACCCCUCACCCUUCUUAACUUAUUUUCUUAGAAAUCCAAUGCCAAAGUAUCUUGAAAAUGUUUUGCCUCAAAGAAUGAGUUAGAUGUCAAAGACUUUAUAUUAUUUUAAUGUUUGAUCAUUACAAAUUGUGUACUUGGCCUAUGAGCGUCAUAAUAUUGACUAAUAAUUAAGUUAGCAUUGGAUCAUUUAAUAAUUUGUAAUAUGGACAUGGUUCAAUUACCUGUUCUUAAUUGUGCACGUGAGUUUGAAAUUGUUUAUGAAGAAAAACAAUGUACUAUGUGAACCUGGUAUUUGUGAAAUAAAUUGGAUUUGAUUGUGAUGUAAACUUUCAUUUAAUGAACAAUAAAUGUAUAUAAUGUUCUUCUA